CGUUAUUCCGUUAUGGACUGAAAACCCAUUCCCAUUCCGCAGGUACAGAAAGUGGCUUUGGGGCGUCAAAAACCCCAAAGAAACACAGAAGACAGAGGAUUUGCAAUCAUCAAACGAUGAUAUACGGCGUGUUGGAUGCACCACUGGUGUGAAAAGUGUGAAGGAGUGUUAGCUAAUAUCGCAGCUCGGCCAAAAGAAGCGAGAAGAUGGCGAACGAUUCUCCAGCUAAAAGUCUGGUUGAAAUAGACCUCGCCUCUCUGCGGGACCCCGCUGGGAUUUUUGAACUGGUCGAGGUGGUCGGCAAUGGCACGUAUGGACAAGUAUACAAGGGUCGGCAUGUCAAAACAGGGCAGCUGGCGGCCAUUAAGGUCAUGGACGUCACAGAGGAUGAAGAGGAAGAGAUUAAGUUGGAGAUCAAUAUGCUGAAGAAAUAUUCUCACCAUCGCAACAUUGCCACCUACUAUGGUGCAUUUAUCAAAAAGAGCCCACCAGGACACGAUGACCAGCUCUGGUUGGUGAUGGAGUUCUGUGGUGCGGGGUCAAUCACAGACCUGGUGAAGAACACUAAAGGCAACUGGCUGAAAGAAGACUGGAUCGCGUACAUUUCUCGAGAAAUCCUCAGGGGACUGGCUCAUCUACAUGCCCACCAUGUCAUCCAUAGAGAUAUUAAAGGGCAGAACGUACUGCUGACUGAAAAUGCAGAAGUCAAGUUAGUGGACUUUGGUGUAAGUGCCCAGCUGGACCGCACAGUUGGCCGUAGGAACACCUUUAUUGGCACGCCAUACUGGAUGGCACCAGAGGUCAUUGCCUGUGAUGAAAACCCAGAUGCAACCUAUGACUAUCGGAGUGAUUUGUGGUCUUGUGGCAUCACUGCUAUAGAGAUGGCUGAGGGAGCACCGCCGCUGUGUGACAUGCAUCCGAUGCGAGCACUCUUUCUUAUUCCAAGAAAUCCUCCGCCCAGACUGAAGUCCAAAAAGUGGUCCAAGAAGUUCAUAAAUUUUAUUGAAAGCUGUCUGGUAAAGAACUACACCCAGAGGCCUCCAACAGAGCAGCUGCUAAAACACCCGUUUAUAAGAGACCAGCCGAACGAGAGACAAGUGCGCAUCCAGCUCAAAGACCACAUCGACCGUACACGCAAAAAGAGAGGAGAGAAAGAUGAGACUGAGUAUGAAUACAGUGGCAGUGAGGAAGAGGAGGAAGAAGCCCCAGAGCAGGAAGGCGAACCCAGCUCUAUCGUGAACGUGCCGGGCGAGUCGACCCUGCGGCGGGACUUCAUCCGUCUUCAGCAGGAGAACAAGGAACGCUCAGAGGCGCUGAGGAGGCAGCAGCUCCUGCAGGAACAGCAGCUCCGGGAGCAAGAGGAGUAUAAACGUCAGCUUCUAGCCGAGCGCCAGAAGCGUAUUGAACAGCAGAAGGAGCAAAGGAGGAGGCUGGAGGAGCAACAACGGCGCGAGCGAGAGAUGCGGAGACAGCAGGAGAGAGAGCAGCGGCGGCGUGAGCAGGAAGAGAAGAGGCGUCUGGAAGAGAUGGAACGCAGACGCAAGGAAGAAGAGGACCGCAGACGGGCUGAGGAGGAGAAAAGGAGAGCAGACCGUGAACAGGAGUACAUCCGUCGGCAGCUGGAGGAGGAGCAGAGGCAUCUGGAAAUACUACAGCAGCAGCUUCUCCAUGAGCAGGCCAUGCUGUUGGAGUUUAAGUGGAGGGAGCUGGAAGAGCAGAGACAGGCUGAGAGACUCCAGAGACAACUACAGCAGGAGCAGGCAUACCUGCUUUCUCUACAACAGACCAAAAAUCUCAAACAGCAGCCUCAACAGCAACCCCAGACUUCAGAAAGAAACAGAAGCCCCCAGGUUCCUCAACAGCAAACCCUGACUGCAGACAAAAACAGAAGCCCCCAGGUUCCUCAACAGCAAACCCUGACUGCAGACAAAAACAGAAGCCCCCAGGUUCCUCAACAGCAACCCCAGACUUCAGAAAGAAACAGAAGCCCCCAGGUUCCUCAACAGCAAACCCUGACUGCAGACAAAAACAGAAGCCCCCAGGUUCCUCAACAGCAAACCCUGACUGCAGACAAAAACAGAAGCCCCCAGGUUCCUCAACAGCAAACCCUGACUGCAGACAAAAACAGAAGCCCCCAGGUUCCUCAACAGCAAACCCUGACUGCAGACAAAAACAGAAGCCCCCAGGUUCCUCAACAGCAAACCCUGACUGCAGACAAAAACAGAAGCCCCCAGGUUCCUCAACAGCAAACCCUGACUGCAGACAAAAACAGAAGCCCCCAGGUUCCUCAACAGCAAACCCUGACUGCAGACCAAAACAAAAGCCCCCAGGUUCCUCAACAGCAACUCCCCUCUGCAGACAAAAACAGAAACCCCCAGAUUCCUCAACAGCAACCCUCGACUUCAGACAAAAUCAGAAACCCCCAGGUUCCUCAACAGCAACCCCAGACUGCAGACAAAAACAGAAAUUACCAGGUUCCCCAGAAGCAACCCCAGACUGCAGACAAAACCAGAAAUUACCAAGUUCCUCUGAAGCAACUCCAGACUGCAGAUAAAAACAAGAACCCCCAGGUUCCUCAACAGCAACCCCAGACUGCUGAUAGAAACAAAAAUGUCCAGGUUACUCAACAGCAACCCCAGACUGCAGACAAAAACAAGAAUCCCCAGGUUCCUCAACAGCAACCUCAGAGUGCAGACAAAAACCGAAAUUCCCAGGAGCCUCAUUGCUUAGCUCAAAGAAGUAAAAUCCCUCAACAGCAGCAACAGUCUCAGACUGAAAAGAACAAAGUUCCAGGAGAGCAGUACCAGGACAAGGACAAGAAGCAGCCAGCCCAGCCACUGACAACCCAAGAACAAUCUAAAAUUCCCCAGUUACAGCAGUUAGCUGUAGACAGGACCAAAACCCCUGCAACGCUGCAGCCAUCCGUGCAGGAGACGAGCAGAACCUCCCAGCCACAAGUUUCUCAGCCUCAGCAAGUUCAGGAUCCCUCCUCACAACAGGAGCAAACGGUCCAGAGCUCGGCCCCCCAGCCUUUUCAGCCUGCCCAGGACGAAGGACAAGGCAAUCAGAUGCUUUCAUCAGAAGCUCAUGGUUCUGCACCUGACUCUGAGCCAAUCAGAGAGGCGGACGAGCGCCACCGCCGAAACGUGCAGGGUUCGCCGCAGGCCGCGGGAGCACAGAAGCAGCCACCUGCCGUCCCUCCUCGAGCCGAAACCUACUCCAAUGGCAGCUCCUUAGAAGCAGCCCAGCCUGCCAUGCACAGGCCCAUGGAAUCUCAGUGGUCCCAGCUGGCUGCUCUAAAGAGUAGCCCGGCCACUCCACCCACCGCCUUGCGCUCUCACUCUUUCAGCGAGCCCCCUGCCUCCCACGCUCAGACCCACAUCCAGCAGCACUCACAUCGCCCCGAGCCGCCACCCCACACAUUUGAGGAGCCUCCCCGGGUUCCGGUAAGAACAACCUCUAGGUCACCCGUACUCGCUCGCCGUGAAGCCCCUCAUCAGGGCAACGCACUAGCUAACAACCAGCCAGCACAGAAGAUUAUCAGAAGUAACGCUGAUCCCCAAUCACUCUGGGAGAAAGUGGAGAGGAUGGGUCCCAGGCCCAGCAGUAGCAGCAGCUCUUCAGGAUCUAGUUCCACAUCCAGCAACUCUAACACUGGCUCCGGAGAACGAGUUAGACCACGCACCUCUUCUAAAUGUAAAGGCUCUUCACAGUGGCCAGAGCACGCGUCCAAAAAAGCAGAGGAGAAGAAGGAUGUAGCCCAGCCUGGGCGUGCGGUGGAUUUGACAGCGCUGGCCAAAGAGCUGCGUGCUGUGGAUGACAUCCGGCCCGCUCACAAGGUCACAGAUUACUCUUCCUCCAGCGACGACUCGGGAACCACUGACGACGAGGAUGAUGAAGAGGUGGAUCAGGAGGGGGGCGAGGAGUCCACUUCGGGCCCGGAGGACUCACGCGGAGGUUCGUCCAGACUAAGCAAUGGUGAGACGGCAUUAGUGAAGACAAUGGCGGUCCGCGAUGAUGAUGAUGCAUCCUCCAUCCCCUGCAAGGAUAGCACACUAGUCAUUCGACAGUUCCAGAGCACAGGUGAUGUUAAAAAGCAGCCAGUGCCCACGCCGGGCUCAGGCUUUAUAGACCGGAACGACCGGAAUGGCUAUUCGGGCCGAAUUCACCUCUUGCCUGACCUGCUCCAGCAGAGUCAGCCCUCACCCCCUUCUUCCUGCCCUUCCACCCCCUCCUCCACAUCCUCAUGUCACAGCAGCCCUGCCAUGUCCCCUCUCGCUCCACUGGACAGAGCGCACUACCCAAUGGAGUCUACCACAAUGCAGAAGCACAAGUCGUCCUCCUCCUUCACCCCCUUUAUCGAUCCUCGUCUCCUCCAGAUCUCUCCGUCCACCGGCAGCGCCCUCAACAAUGUGGGUUACGGGAAUGAUGCAAGGCUUCAGGAAGCCCUGAGACAGGACGCCUCGCGCAAGGGCUCCGUGGUGAACGUAAACCCAGUGAACACUCGACCACAAAGCGACACGCCUGAGAUCCGCAAGUACAAGAAGAGGUUCAACUCUGAGAUCCUGUGUGCCGCUCUCUGGGGUGUGAACCUGUUAGUAGGAACAGAAAGUGGCUUGAUGUUGCUUGAUCGAAGCGGCCAAGGAAAGGUCUAUCCUCUCAUCAGUCGUCGCCGCUUUCAGCAAAUGGAAGUCCUUGAGGGCUUGAAUGUCCUUGUGACUAUAUCAGGGAAAAAGAAUAAGCUGCGAGUGUACUACCUGUCCUGGCUGAGAAACAAGAUUCUCCACAACGACCCAGAAGUGGAGAAAAAGCAGGGCUGGACCACCGUAGGGGAUCUUGAAGGGUGUGUCCACUACAAAGUUGUGAAGUAUGAGAGGAUCAAGUUUCUGGUUCUUGCGCUGAAGAACUCAGUGGAGGUGUAUGCCUGGGCUCCCAAACCAUACCAUAAGUUCAUGGCCUUUAAGUCGUUCGGUGACCUGGUACACAAGCCCCUCCUGGUGGACCUGACUGUUGAGGAAGGUCAGAGAUUGAAAGUCAUCUAUGGCUCCUUCUCAGGGUUUCAUGCUGUGGAUGUGGAUUCGGGAGCUGUGUACGACAUCUAUCUACCCACUCAUAUCCAGACCAGUAUUCAGUCGCAUGCCAUCAUCAUUCUGCCUAACACAGACGGCAUAGAGUUGCUUGUGUGUUACGAGGACGAGGGUGUCUACGUGAACACCUACGGUCGCAUCACAAAGGAUGUGGUGCUGCAGUGGGGAGAGAUGCCUACCUCUGUGGCCUACAUUCGCUCCAACCAGAUUAUGGGCUGGGGAGAGAAGGCCAUUGAGAUUCGCUCUGUAGAGACCGGCCACCUGGAUGGAGUUUUCAUGCAUAAGAGAGCUCAGAGGCUCAAGUUCCUGUGUGAGCGCAAUGACAAGGUUUUCUUUGCCUCAGUACGUUCUGGAGGUUCAAGCCAGGUCUACUUCAUGACUCUGGGUCGUACAUCCCUACUCAGCUGGUAAACACUUUCACCCAGCUUGGAAGGACGAGGCCCUUUCCCCAUCACAGUCAAGACAGCAAACUACAACCACCACAAAUCUGAAGUACAAUUGCGGUUCCUCAACCGACGAGCAGAAUCCACAUUCAGUUAGACGGCCCGGGCCUGCUGUCAGAAACAAGACUGAGAAGUUGUAUAGAAAUGUCAAUAUAGGAGACGGAAAAAAAUUAAAACAAAGAAGUGUUUGUAAGAGAAGGUCUUGGGUGAGAUGGUUACAGUAUUAUUGAUAGCCUGUGCACAUGUUUUCUUCUUGUAGAAAUCCUUGCUCGUUGCUCGACAGAGUGGAAGCGUCAGGGCGGCUGCCAGAACUGCAAGACAAUAAGUGAGAGUUUUAUGGUGCAAGGGAAAAUAGGCUCCAGUUUGUUGUUGGGCAGAGUAGGUCCCUGGAAAAUGAAGUAUAUUGAUUAUGGACAGGUAUGUGUAAGGUGGACCAUGAAAUAAUAUUUUCAAAUGUUAUUAUUAUUAUUAAUAUUAUUAUAGCUCACUAAAUGUGUGGAUUAUCAUACUCUAUAUGUUGUUUUUAGGCUCGCACGUCCUCACUUUCCCCAGUAUUUUCAUUUAAUUCAAUUUCACUAAAUGUGCCAUUCUUGUUGUUUUGAAAGACAUAGAGAGCAACAAGCAUGGACAUUUGGAUAUUAAUUCAUGCGGCUUCACCACUAACCUCUCACUUGAUGAGUGAGUUCAGAGCCGCAUUCUCUCAUUCUCUCUUUCUCUCUCUCUGGUUCUCACUCGCUUGCUCCUCUAGUUAGAAUUUUAUAUGGAAUGUGUCUGAAGUUACGUACCUGCUGUGAAUAAGUACUAUGAAAUCAAAAGGAAGUAGCGAUAUGUGUCACUUGAGUCAUGUCGUGUGUGUGGAUGUGUGUGUGUGUGUGUCAGAGAAACCAAAACAUCCCUUUGGAUUAAAUCACGUCUUAUGAAGGUUCGAUUUUAUUUUAUUUUUUGCAAAUAUAUGAUGCACUAGGAAUGUAGUGUAAAAAAUACUGUUCUCAGGUUUUGGAUGACUUAUUACUUUGAACAGUAUGAAGACGACAAACUGAGCCUGGCCGAAUAUUGUACGUAACGUGCAAUUAAUUGCUGCAGUAUGCAGACAUUUACAGUUAGAGUUAUUUCAUUCGGAAAGGCCCCUACAGCGCAGUGUUAUGUAUGACAUUAUUUUCAGUCUAAUCUAUGGAAUUUCCUGGCCCGUCAUCUGGCUUUCGCCUAAAGGCUGUUGAUAUUAAAUCUGACCUUUUGGAGUUUUAAACACAGUGUUAUUUUUACUAGUUUGACAGCGUGCUUUUACUACACAUUGAAUUUUGUGUGACUCUGUAGAGAGCAAUACAAAUCCCCAUAGUACCACACAUUCCCCCUUAGAUACAUCGCUGUCCCCUGAGUAUCUGUUGCUGUUUAAAAUAAAUCAGCCUUUGUCGAGCGAAGGCUUUAUUAUUUAUGAGUAAAAUCUUCUCUGCUGUCUGUGAGCUCACAGAACAACACAACUGCUGUCGCUCCGUGUUGUAAACGUUAAUAAGGUGCUGGGUAAAAAAGCAUUUAUUACAUUAAAAAUUCCUUUAAUACCCUUCAGAACAUUUCAUUAAAUGAAAGUGCAUGUGUGCGCUGUGUAUACUUAAUGAAGAUAACACUGGGAGAUCAUUCUGUUCACCCUUGUCUUUUUUUCUCUUUGCUCACUUUUUUCUGCUAUAUUUUAAUUAGCUGCUUUAAUUAUUUGUUUAUGUGUUUUAUUUAAUAUUCAUGAGUUAAUUAUUGGACAAGCUGUUCAUGCAAAAAGCUUUAUUAAUAGCAAGUUUUGCAUAACAGAAAUGAAAUAAAAAUGAUUUUAAGGAACCACUACAUUAAAUAUAAUUAACAUUGUUAUAUUUUGGGUACUCCAGUUUUAGACAUAGUUAUGUUCCUUAACUAUAGACAGUUUCUGUAACUUGAUUUCAGUCUAUACAACUGUAAUGACCUAAUAUAGUGAGUGCUCACUUAAUAUAAUGCUUACCUGUUGAGGAAAUGUUUACAGAGACAAAUGUUUUGCUACACUAACGUGCAUCCUUAUAUUUAUGUUUUCUCUUACAGAGCUCCUAGCAUUGUUUUCUUUCUUUUGUACUGAUCAUUUUUGUGUUAGUAUUUCCACUUGGUUGUUUAAGGCUAAUCACUCACAUAUUGAUGAUGACAUUUCAGAAGCGUUCCCGGCUGAUCUGGAUGUCUGUGUUUCAGUCGUGGCACUGUAUCGUUUGCCCUUUUUGUGUAUGGCAGGAAGUCUUGGAUUUUCCUGAUGAUCCUUUGUUUGUUUUUUUCUUUAAAAUAAACUCUAAGGUAAUUUAA